UUCUGGCCAGCUCAAGUUUGGCGUAUCCCUGAUGUUCGGCGCCGCGCGCGCCACCUACCGGAGAGGCGUGUCGGCGGCGGCGGCAACCGCCACCACCGCGAUCGAUGCGCCGCCGAUGCAAAGAGGCCCCAGCGGCCGCGCCGCUCAGGCGGCAAGCAAGCUGGCGAUCCUCGGCGCCCUCCUCCGCGCGCGGCCGGCGGCGGAGGAGCACGGCCGCGGCGGCGCGGCACCUGCCACCACCGCGGCGCCCGGGAGCAAGCGCCGCGCCGCCGCGGCGCCGCCCCGCUGGCCGGGCUCCUGA